UAAGCCAUGCUAAAAUUAGGCAUAAGAAAAUUUGGUAGACGACAAGAAAAGAGAGCAUAUAUGAAAAUUGUUAUAUAUUAAGUAUAAAGUAGUGGAUGCAUGAAUAAUGGGUGUGGUAAUAAAUAGAUAGAUAGCUAGAGGGUAAAGAAGCAAGCUUUAAUUAAAGAGAGGGAGUAAUGAAGUUAUACGAGCAUGGAAACCUGACUAAACCCUAAUGUCUUAUUAGCCUUCUUACCUUUUUGGGCAAUCGUCCCAUCUCUCACAGUCAUUGUCCCAAACUUCUUUUUCUCAACAAAUAUAAUUUCAAUCACCUUUAUGUGGAUGCAGAAUUUCUAGUCCACAAUUACCCUAGGAUAUACAACUAAUCUUCUAUUUUCAGUUACUAAUGUGAAAUCUUUCAUUACAUCUCUGGAUGUUUCAAGCCAAAAAUAUGGAAAUAUUUUACAUUUGCGUCACAAUCCAAUGAUGAGACUUACUAUUGAUGAAAAUGGAUACAUAGAAACUGGAAGAUACAUUUUUAUUGUGCAUCUUAAUUAACUGUUUUUGUUACAAAGUACGUACUAAUAAAAUGAGAUAUCAUCAUUGAUAAAACUGUAGAUUUUAGAACUAGGUAGCGUGAGGUGUAAGAAAUAAGAAUUCAAACUAGAGCCUGUUAUCAAUGUUUUGACUAUUGGCUUAUUAUUUUGACUAUUGUUGAAACCUGUAGUUAGAGAAAAAUAUCAACUCAAUCUAUGGAUAUAUUAGUUCGAAAUACUAGGAGGAAACUUUAAUCAAAUAAAUCUGUCGUAAGCUGAUAUGUGUGUGGAAGUAGAAUGCAAAAUAAAAAUAAAAAAAAUAUAGUCACUGAAAGAGACGUAUGAUUUAUCACUUGUCCACGUCCAAUUUCCCUGUGGGGCAGUGCACGCACAAAAGAUGGAAUCCAUUCUAGAGCUCCUUCUUUCUUCACUAUCUUUUCAAGUUUCUCUUUUUGAACAUUUAUAAAUACCCUUUUUAAUUUUGAUUUAACUCAAAGCCCACUUCUCAAUUCAAUUUUCUUUUACUAGGGAUUACAUGCUAAAACAUAUUAUUGUCCUAUCUCAAAUUUCAACCAUAAGGUGUGACUAUAUAACUCCAAAAAGAAAAAUUAUGCUGAUGGACCCUUUCAAAUUAUGAUUUGUAGUUGGUCCAUGUUAAAUUAUUCAGCCAAUAAGAACUGAUAUAUAAUCGCGUAGAAGAAAGAGUGCGUCAAAGAUGGAAAAGAGUAAAUGAGGAAGGAAUAGAAACAAAAGAAAAGUUGAAUGUAGAAGUAAAUUUUAUUUAUAGUGUUAUCUUGGAUUUCCGAAUGAUAGUGUACUUUCAAUCAAAAUAUAGUUAUGCCUUGACCAAUUAGGGAAAAAAUUACAUGUAUAUAAUACAUCUCAUCUUCAAUUUCAUGAAUUUAUGUUUAUAUUUAGGCCAUCUUAUUAGUAAAAAUUAAAUAUAUAUUUUAUUUAAUAAAAGUUAACUAAAUACAUAUAUGUAUUUAAUAAAAUUUAAAUACAUAUUUGUAUUUAUUAGUUUUUGUUAGUUUUAUUUACUUCCUAAUACAGAUCUACAAAUCUUAUUUUUAGAUUUUAAUUUAUGUUUUAGUUUUAUAGCAAAAUCCAUUAAUUAAAACUAGAACAUCAAUUUUUUGUAUACAAUUUUUUUUCUUAAAACAUCAAUCAUUUGUCUAUGGAGAGAGUAUUAAAAAGUAUAGUAGUAUAUAUGUAAACUCUCUCAUCAUCCAGAAAUAGUAAACUUGUAGUGCAGUGUGCAAAACUUUCUUAACCUUAAAAUAUAAAAGUGGCAAAUCAAAAGAUCCUCACUGGAAUCACUUUCUGCUUUUUGAAUCCAAUCUAUGUAUAGUUGGAUUUGAAGAUCCAAUGAUUUGGUUGUUUCUCGACUGCUAAUUAAAGAGUUCUGUAUUUAUUUUAUUUUAUAGUUAUUAUUGAAUGAAGUUUCACGAUGAAUAAAAAGUUUGUGAAACAUGACAAGUUAUAUUCUCAGUUUUGCAGGAAAAUUUGCGUGAAAUUUUUCUGAAGAAGCAAAAAAAAAGCAGAUCAAAGAUCAGAAAGGACGACAAUUCUUAAAUUUGUAACAUGUGGGCAAGUCAAGGAUUGCUGGCAUCAAACUUGAACGAAUCUAAUCAUAUUCACACCAUAUAUUAUCUAAAAUUCAAUAUUUUAAUAUCUUAAUCAUUCAUCUCACUUUUGUCCUUUGCAUCAUGUCAUGCGUAUUGAUUAAUGUAUGUACGAUGUAAAAACUUUUAGGGUCUAAAUAUUACGAUGUAGAAGCUGAUGAAUAUUUGUUCCAAAAAAAAGAAGCUGAUGAAUAUAUAUAAAAGUAAGACUAUUUGCUUAGAUUAAUUUGUUUUCCCUCAUUUGGGUUAAUUUUGACUAGUUAUAUUAAUCAUCGUUAAGGCGCCAUUACCCAUUAGUAGUCAUAUAUUAUAGAGAAAAAUCAUUUUCAGAACACCUAGUAAUAGUAAAAUCUAAUGUACGAGGAGAGAUAUUUAAAGUCUUGAUUUUUCUUAAGCAAAUUAAAUACGUCUGCAAGAUUUUGCAGAGGACGUAUGUACUAUCACUAGCAACAGUAGAAACAUAGAUAAAAGUCAUAAAACCCUAGAUCCGGUUCCUUAUUUUAAUUUAUAACAUAUAUAUUUGUUUAUAUAUGAUAUGACAUGAGGAACGAAAUUAAUUUUUACACUCAAAUAUCCCUCUCUUUUAAUUUUGAGUCAGUUAAUGAUGGAUUUAUAUUUAUGUUGCCUAACCCCUAGUUUUAUUAAUUAAAAUGUUUUUACACUAAAAUCGUAUCUACACCGAAAAUCCUUGGUUUAACAUUUUAUUUGGUUUUUUAUAACCUUUAAGAUAUUAUUAGCUGUAUAAUAGAUAAUAAAAUGCAUUUAUGGACUGCGCAUACGUCCAACACUUGAACUAACUUUGCCUCUCUCUCUCGUUCUCUAUACCUCCAUGGUCUCACUAUGUCUGAACUUCUCUAUAUAUACAAGUCUUCAUAUCUCAUAAAAUAACCAUAACCCUAACUCUAGAAAACUUUUCCUAUUAUCUCUCUCCCUCUCUCCCAAGUGUGGUUUUCAACCCAUUCGUAAAGAUCAUGAACCUUGAAGAGAAACCAACCAUGGCUUCAAGGGUUUCACCUCAAGCCGAACAUCUCUACUACGUCCGGUGCAGCAUCUGCAACACCAUCCUCGCGGUUGGGAUACCAAUGAAGAGAAUGCUUGACACUGUAACGGUGAAAUGUGGCCAUUGUGGUAACCUCUCGUUUCUCACGACAACCCCUCCUCUGCAAGGCCAUGUCAGCCUCACCCUUCAGAUGCAGAGCUUUGGUGGGAGUGAGUAUAAGAAGGGAAGCUCUUCUUCCUCCUCCUCUUCUACCUCCAGUGACCAGCCACCGUCUCCUAGACCACCCUUUGUCGUUAAACCUCCUGAGAAGAAGCAGAGACUCCCAUCGGCUUACAACCGCUUCAUGAGGGAUGAGAUACAACGUAUCAAGAGUGCCAAUCCGGAAAUACCACAUCGUGAAGCUUUUAGUGCUGCUGCCAAAAAUUGGGCUAAGUACAUACCCAAUUCUCCUACUUCCAUUACUUCCGGAGCCAGCAACAUCCAUGGUUUUGGAUUUGGUGAGAAGAAGUGAUAGCCCAGGAAAUGCCUAAAAAUAAUAAACGCACGUGUGCGUGAUCAACCUUUCUGCAAAGGGUUUAGUUAGCUGCGUCGUUUAUCUCAUGUUGUGUUGCUUUAGAUGUUUAAAGUUGGUGUGUUUUCAUUUGUAUGUCUCUGCAGAAAUGAUGUUGCCUUAGUAUCUUUAGUUCUGUCUGUCUUAGAUAUGAAAGCUACAUUACGUUGCUGUGUUCAUCUGGACGUUCAUGUCGGGACGUUAUAAGUUUGUCUUAAUCCUAUAAAAUUUCUGCCUA